GUUCUAGUGUAUCAAAAUUCAUGCGGCUUUUGUUGCUUUCGGCCAUGUUAAUUACCCUGUCACCAGCAAUGUAACUUUCCAGGUUGCAGCCGAAAUUGCAUUGAAAGAUGAAGAAAAUCUACUUGCUUCUCGGAAGCUUGCGUUGCUUAUUGAUUUGGAUCAAACUGUCCUACACACAACAACAACCCCGCACGCCUUCCGUUAUAAGGUAAUAAUUGGAGGUAUACAUCGUUUUCGUUUGCCUGGCUGUCCAAUGAUUUAUCAUACGCGUUUUCGUCCACACUUGACUAAGUUUCUAAAGCGUAUGGUUAAACGGUUUCAAAUGCACAUUUGCACCUUCGGAAACCGUGCCUACGCCCACCAACUGGCCAGCAUACUCGACCCGGAACGUCAGUAUUUCUGUCAGCGCAUUCUCUCUCGGGACGAAUGCUUCAAUCCCGUGACCAAGUCUGCUAACCUCAAAGCGUUGUUUCCGCGAGGUGUUCAUCUCGUUUGUAUCAUUGAUGAUCGGGGGGACGUCUGGGACUGGUCUCCUAAUCUCAUUCAAGUUCAACCCUACAGGUACGCAUCUGUUAUGCAGAUUAUAAGUAUAAAGCUGCUCUUUGCGCUUCCGCAAUCGCUUGAUGACAUUGUCGGAAGGAAGGUUUCAUCGUUUGCCAACGCGUUGUUUUUUCCUGAGAUCGGUGACAUAAACGGGCCUCCGGGGCGGCCGUUGUCAAUGAUGCCAAUGCCGGACUUCCGUGCCCUCCCUCCACCUCCUCCGCCUCCUCCUUCCCCUUUGUGCGCCCCCACCGAUUCCUCGACUUCCUCCUCGGACGAGGAAACGCCCUCCCCCUCGAAUUCGCCUUCCUCGUCAGCUAUUAUUUCAAGCGCAAGGGAAGGGACGGCUGGAAGUGACUGCGGCGAACAUCAACCAGAUUCCCAGUCCGAGCCAAAGUCCACAGAUGGCAGUAAGGAGAAGUCAAAAGAAGACGACACAGAUGUCAAAAAACCGAAAAUUGCAAGUUCUUUUCCUCCCAUCGCUGAUCUAGGAUCUCCACAGCAAUCGAUCUUCGAGAUGAGUGAGGAGGCGCUUGAUGCUUUCGAUGCAGACUACCUAUUAAGGCUGGAGCAAAUUCUCAUGGAAAUUCACCGACGUUAUUAUCGCGCCUAUGACAAACACGUGGCUGAAAUAAGCAGGCUCAAAGCAGAAAAUCAGUCUAUUCAAGAAGGCUCGAGGUGCGUUCGCGGUUAUAGUCAAUUGGCUGAUGGAAUUGUUUCGCCGUUCGGUGUUGAGCCAGGUGGCCACGGCGUGGUCGCCAGCUGUAGAAGGCCCGACGACAUGAGUCUCGCACUCGCAUCGAGAACGCCUACUUGUUGGAGCUCCAUAACACUGCGCUGGCGCAUGUACUUGCUCUCAGGCAUUCCUCACAUCGCCAAUAUAAUGACGCAGAUGCGCGCAAGGGUUCUGGGCCCGAGCACGCACAUCACCCUCUCCGGUCUCACGCCCACCCACCGCCCCGCCCGGGAGAGCCUCGCCGGCCAGAUCGCUCUCGGUCUGGGCGCCACUCUGCACAACCGUCUGCGCUUCCCUAAACACGACAAACCACCUGCUCCGUCUGCCUCCACCGGUGUGGCAUCACUCCCCGUCGCCAAGCCAAGGGUGUACAAUUUAGAACCGCUAGUGAACUCCCGUAAGGCAGGACAUUUUCCCACCUACAUUGCGCAUUUUUGGCCAUAUUCCAGUCACAAAGCCUUCACCACCCACUUGGUGGCCUGUCGACAGAACACGGAGAAGGUGGCCGCCGCUCGAGCCUAUCUCGCGAAAAGCCAUCGACAACCCCUGCACAUUGUCUCGCCACGGUGGCUGUGGGCCUCGCACUUUCGGUGGCAGCGUCUACCCGAGGUCCAGUUUCCCCUAGACCACGACUAUAACCUAAACAUGUUCGAUCCCGACGCCAACUGCUUCCCCGGCUACUACCGGCACAGACAUCACCGCUAUCGCCACCGGCCCCAAUUCGCCUCGCGGGAUCCCUUCGAAGACGUCGUCAGUUAUGAUCGACCGAAUCACACUUUUCUUUCGAAUCACAGCCUCAAUGACGUGGCUGAGGACAAACCGGAGCUCAGCCCUUCUAUGGUCCGAUCGGCGAUGGAGUCCAUUGAAAGAGAGUUGCAUGAUCGUCGUUGUCGUAGAAAUCGUUCGGAGAAGCUGUGUCUUCUGGAGGGCGAAGUGGAACCCAAACGCAAAAGAGCAGUGUCGGAAUCUGGAGAGCAAAGUGACCCUGUCUGUCCCCAAACAAGGAAGCGUCCUUGUACACGGAAAUCGGACGGCCACCUUUCAAUUGUUGACAAGGACGUCAGUGAGAGAUGUGAGGACACAGAAGGGAACCACUCCACUUCUCGAUCUCCCUCUAUUUCUACUGACGAUGACGACGGUGAUGCCGAUUCGAACUUGGAAGGUAAAAAGGUCGAGAGUAUUUCGGAAGGCGGUUUUUCAUUACCCUCCCCUAUCCCGCCUUCUGAGAGCAUCGACAAUCCAGGGACGUCCGAAGAAGAAAAUGACCCAGACGACGUUGCUGUCGUGUCGGACGCGGAUGAAGAAGACUUAAACUCAACUCUGGCGGAGGAAGAGGAGGAUGAGGGGGCGGAUACAAACGGAGAGGAUGAAGAGCUGCCAGAGGGGGCACCCCAGCCUCAGGAGGAAGACCUGAAGGAACAAAUGAAACAAUACCUGCCACCCCCUUGUCCUUUGGAGUAUGCUGAAAACCCCCUGCUUCAUAUGUCACCGCAGGUGCGUUUCUUUCUCCCUUUUGGUAUUAGGAACCCUUCUUACGCGGCUAGUCAGAUGUUGGACGAGGUCGAGGAAGCGGUGAUGGAGGAGAGGGAGGAGCGAGCUUUAUCGGUGCCACGAGAAAUGGAAGACGAGGAGUCCUCGAGUUCAUCCUCUGCGGAUGACGAAGAAGCCAAAUGUGCCUAUGAGUUAGACAACUAUCGAGACGAAGAAGAAGAUGCCAACGAGGACGACGAGGUGGACGAUAGUGACUCGCAUGAUGGCAGAGGGCGAGACGAGCAAAUCCACACGCACAAAGAUCUUGAGCGUGAGGAGCGCUGGCUACAUGAACCUCGUCAGAAAGCAUUCAAGAACGUCCGACCCACCACCACCGGUUGUCGUAGCGAUUCGCACGAGCCCCCUAAUUACUGGUCUGAUCCCCCCGUGUCCGACGAAUACGCCGACCUCCGCGAGUUCAACACCUGUCCCGAAGGCUACGACUACGUUGACGCAGAGCAGGCGAGAGAGCUACUGCGUCCGGAAACGACGAGGAAGUCGCCGACAACUAAGCAAGCUGACGUUGGUGGUGGUGGUGGUAAUUAUGGUGGUAAAAAGAAGCCUGUAAUUGGUGCAGCUGGCUAUCUAGAGGUCAGUCUAUUUGGGUCUGAAAUCAGCUCCUCUUCGUCUGAAUCCGACAGCGGUGGCGAUGACAGUGAUGGAGAUGCUGUUAUAAAGUCAGAUGCAUUGAAAGAAUUUAUGUAA